AUGGAAGUCAAUAUCCAGCCGCUCUCGGAAGCUCUGGUCGACAAGACCCACGCUGUGCACACCAACUCAACCUCCAGCAUCACCGUAACACACGUCACCGCCGACAUAAUCGACAUGAUCUUCUCGUCCUCCACGAAUUUGACCACCACCGUUCUCGGGGCGUCUAUCGUUUCAUGUUCAGACGAAUACUUCGCCGCCGCCUCCAACCUCCUGACCCCUACGCCGCCCAUUCGCAGACCGGGAGUAUUCGUGCACACAGGAGCGUGGUAUGAUGGAUGGGAAACGAGGAGACAUAACCCCAAGGAGUUUGACUGGGUGGUGAUUAAACUCGGGUGUGUAGCACAGAUAGAUGCAGUGGAAGUGGACACCAGUUACUUUAAUGGGAACGAGGCUCCGAUGGCUGGAUUGGACGGAGUUGCCUUCUCGAGGGACGAGGACGACAGUGCCGCCGCAAAAGAAGGGUAUGACGGGUGGACUGCAAUUCUCCCUCCCCAGAAAUGUGGACCCUCCCGACGGCAGGCGUGGAGAGUGUCUGGUCCAGGAGUGCAAGGGAAGCAGUUCACGCACUUGAGGUUAAAGCAGUACCCCGAUGGAGGGAUUGCAAGGUUGAGGGUCUACGGGACAGUCGUGCCACCUUCACUACCCGUCAGUGUGACCUCCGGGAAGGAGGAAAGGCCUCGGGAAGAUCUGGCAAGUGCGCUCAAUGGUGGUGUUGCCAUUGAGUGCUCGGACCAGCAUUUCGGCGGCAAGAAUUAUUUGCUUCUGCCCGGCCGAGGGAAGGAUAUGGGUGACGGAUGGGAAACUGCUAGAAGCAGGGUCAAGGGUCACACGGACUGGGUGAUUGUUCGGCUGGGAUUGAAGGGGAGGAAGAUUGAGCAAGUCAUCGUCGACACCAAGGAUUUCAGAGGCAAUUUCCCUCGGGCCGUCAAGGUCGAGGGAUGGUCAAUGGAAGGUGCGAAGGCAGCCCUGGGCACCGAGGCAGAUCCUAAGGAUGAUGAGAGAGGAUGGACGGCAUUGAUUAAAGGGGAGCAGCCUUGUCAAGCGGAUACAGAGCACGUCUUUGAAGGGGAGCAGCUGGUGGCGUCGGAGCUUCCAGAAGGCCAUGUGUGGACGCACGUGAAGAUGACCAUUAUUCCUGAUGGCGGGGUGAAGAGACUGAGGAUAUUGGGGAAGAGGGCAUGA